AUGACUGUUGCCAAGUAUGACGAGGACUAUCUCAAGCACCCGAGCGAUAAGGAGCAUAACAUGCAACCCAUAACAACUGUCUCUUCAGGGUUGCAGCCCGCCUCAAUGACAUUCGAGCACAUGAUAGCUGUUGAUGAGCAGCCCAAGAAUGUGUUGAGUUGGGCUGCCGGAGCUACCAUUAUCUGGAAUCAUGACACAUCCGAACUUAUCGGGUAG